AUUUAGCGUUUGCCUUCCGUGCUGCAAUAAGCUGACAUCCACCUCAGCUGCUGCAACCAGAACUAGGGUGCGGAGCGGAUCUCCUUCUCUUUACUGCACAUUUCCUACUCAGCUAGGUUGAGAAGCCAUCAUGGCAGUCCUCAGGAGGGAAGCCAGAUUGAUGGGAUCAGCCAUAGGAUGUCUUGGAAUAAUUCUCCUUGGUUUUCUCAUUCAGUCCCUUGCGGUCCCUACAGGUGAGAGCACCUCCUUAUCAAAGACGAGUACGGUUGCUAGGAAUGCAGAAGCUGAAACUGACAUUGUUAGCAGGGGUCUCGGAGAGGAAGCCUAUGAUGAUGGCGAUAAAACACAUUACAAGUUUGACAAGUAUGAUCACUAUGAUAAGUAUCACAUGAGGCAUGGUAAGUAUUAUGGUCAGUAUUAUGGUAAGCAUGAUGGUAAGUAUGAUGGUCAGUAUUAUGGUAAGUAUGAUGGUCGGUUUGAUGGUAAGUAUGAUGGAAAGUAUGAUGGGAAGUAUGAUGGUAAAUAUUAUGGUACAUAUGAUGGUAASUAUGGUAAGURUGAUGGUAAGUAUGAUGGUCAGUAUAAUGGCAAGUAUGAUGGCAAGUAUGACGGCAAGUACGAUGGAAAGUAUGAUGGCAAGUAUGAUGGCAAGUAUGACGGCAAGUAUGGUGGCAAGUAUGAUGGUAAGUAUGAUGGUCAAUAUUAUGGUAAGUAUGAUGGUCAGUUUGAUGGUAAGUAUGAUGGAAAGUAUGAUGGGAAGUAUGAUGGAAAGUAUGAUGGUAAAUAUUAUGGUACAUAUGAUGGUAAGUAUGGUAAGUACGCUAAGUAUGAUGGUCAGUAUUAUGGCAAGUAUGAUGGUAAGUAUGACGGCAAGUAYGAUGGAAAGUAUGAUGGCAAGUAUGWYGGCAAGUAUGAUGGCAAGUAUGAUGGCAAGUAUGAUGGUAAGUAUGAUGGUCAGUUUGAUGGUAAGUAUGAUGGAAAGUAUGAUGGGAAGUAUGAUGGUAAAUAUUAUGGUACAUAUGAUGGUAAGUAUGGUAAGUAUGGYAAGUAUGAUGGUCAGUAUUAUGGCAAGUAUGAUGGAAAGUAUGAUGGAAAGUAUGAUGGCAAGUACGAUGACAAGUAUGAUGGAAAGUAUGAUGGAAAGUAUGAUGGCAAGCAUGAUGGCAAGUAUUAGAUUAACGACUAUGACAAGUAUGGCCAGAAGGAUGAGAGGAAGGGUUAUUACUACAAGCACUAUGGCGACAAGCAGGAUUAMAGGGGKUAUGGCAAGAAGUGGGCUGASAAGGGGAAUGCUGAUCAGCAGCACAACAGCCAGCAGGACGAUCAAAAGAAGUAUGGUGACAAGAGCUAUGACGAGAAGUASAAGCUCCAAAUUGCGGUGAUUAAGAGUAUGAGGGUAAGAAAUUUGAACUGUGACAAGAGGACGCAGAAGAGCAACAAUAUGUAGAGUGAAAAGUCUGAUUGCAUUAACACAUUGAGCGAGGCUUUACUUUCACAGAGGAUGCGAAGUGUACGGGAGUUGGCACGACAAUGACAUCAGGAUGAUGGCCAAGCUUUUUCUUGCAGCUUUUACAUGGUAGUGGAGCAGGGAUCAUCGGCAAAGUCACCAGAUGGAAACUGGUCUAAACAGACGAAUAAGAGUUUGAUUUGCUCAUUCCUUUUGGUGCAGGGGUAAUUUUGAAUAACUGUCCAAAGCAAGCAUUUCAAAAAUAUGGAUUCUGUUUCGCUUCGUCUAUUCUGGCAACUACCAGUGAGUGUGGGKGGUUUCUACCUUCUCAUGAAACAACUUCAUUGCAGUCAARCUUAUGGCUUUAGCUGUGCUUCGUGAUGCAACUGAUGUUGUUCUCCAUGGCGGCUAGUUGACUAGAAAACCUUAUGACAGGGUUUAUCUGAGUACAGUUCACAAGGAGACCAGUCAAAUUAUGUCACGGACCAGAUUUUGAAUUGUGCUUUUCGUUUUGAAACCAGCACGACCCCACCAAGCU